UGCCAGGGGGAAGAGGGUUGGGUGGUAGAGUGAGAGGCGAGCAGAGAGAGAGAGAGCGAGAGAGCGAGCGAGAGCCACACUCGAACACAGACACCCAGACAAGGCCCGUAACUCAUUACGCAACUGAAUCCCCGUCCCCCCCGCGCGUGAAAAUCGUCGCGAGGCUCACCACACCAUCACUAUCACCCCCUCCUUGACCCUGCAGUUCACGGGGGUGCCACGGUUUGAGACCGGGACGAAGGGGACGGAGGGAGGACGCGACACACACACACACAGAGAGCAGAGAGCGAGAGGAGAGAAAGACAGAGCGGGAGACGCAGAGAGGACGUGGAACCAUGAGCGCAUCAACUGACGGGUUGCUCAGAAACUACAACAGCCUCACGGACGCCAACCUGGGCGGCUACUUCAGCGGGGACCGAGUUCGACGGCACCUCCGCCGCAUGGGGCUGAUCACGCGCGAUGGGCGCCUCGUGUCGGAGAAGGAGCACCGGCAGCGCCUGUGUCGUCACGAGCAGCGCGACUGCGUCCACACGCUCCUCGCCCACACCGUGCUCAGCAAGGCCCUGGACGUCGAGCGACUCCGGCAGGUGGAGAUCGUGAGGAAGCUGCAGGAAAUCAGCUGCCGGGAGAGGGUGCUUCGUGUGCGGGUGGAGCACGCGGUACGAGGCGUCGACGGCAUCGUCCACAUUGCGGUGCCCCCCCAGCGAGCAACGGCGCGUCUCGGCAGGGGCGGCCUGCGCCACCACCACCGGGCAACCCUCUCCGACGGCGCAGCCGAGCGCAGUCGCUCCGCCUCUCCCUCUCCACCGCCGGACAACAUGCGGCAGCGCCCGCGUGCGGCCCGCUUACCAAGGAGGAGCUUGAUGUCACGGCCCCUCUCAGCCCCAGAGCCAGACCCGAGCCUGAGGCCUGGGCAGGGGUACAGGCCCUCGACCACAAAGCAAGGCCCGGUGAUGUCUGACAGCAGCGAUGGAAGGAGGCAUCAGAAGCACGCCUGGGCCCCCCAAGGCCCCGUCGCCCGCGUGCACCCCCGCGACAUCUCUCCCUACAAACUCCCGCUGCUGCCGCCGACACAGGGCAGCCGAGCGGGCAGCGCCGGUACGGCCCAGCCUACGUCGCCGCCUCCUGCGCGGGCUCGCGGGGCCCGAUCGGCCGGGCCCACAAGGCACGCCCGCCAUUUUGGUGGUGGCGGAUGUGGCCAUUUUGUUUGUGGCGGCGGCCAUGAUGGUGUCGAUGGCAGCGACCAUUUUGUUGGUGGUGGAGGUGGCCAUGUUGGUGGUGGAGGUGGCCAUGUCGGUGGUGGAGGUGGCCAUGUUGGUGUUGCUGGUGACGGCGGCCAUGUUGGUGGUGCUGGUGGAGGUGGCCAUGUUGGUGGCGGAGGUGAAGGGUCGUUGCGCAGGCGGGGUCGGAGGUUGAUGAGAUCCACAACGGCGCCCAACCGAGCCAACUGGUCCCCUGGCAAUCAGGGGGACGCUUGCGCCGGUGGGUCUCCGUGCCCCCGGCCGCCCCCCGGGAGACCGUGGGUGACCCGUAGCAGCCCCCCGGCUCGCGUCGGCGGCGCCGUGGUGGGGGUGCGCUACCUGGGGGGCUCGUGCUACGCGGAGCGCGACGGGAGCGAGGUGCGCAUCUUCCAGCAGCACUGCGGCGGGGAGAACCUCUGCGUCUACGACGGGACGCUGCGCCCCGGCGACGAGUUCGAGUUCGAGUCACGGCGCCACGCGGGCUUUCCGUUCAGCCUCACCGUGUUUGUGGGCGGCGUGCCCCACGCCCGCGUCAGCGCCUGCUGCGAGCACCGCCACCGCCGCGGCGCCCGCCUCGGAGCCGGCGCCCUCUUCACCUUCACCGGCGCGCGCGGAGGAGCGCCGUGCUACCGGUGCGUCAUCGCACGCUCGAGAGCGCGGAAGCCAACAGCCCGGCGACCGGAGGAGGCGGAGGAGGUGGAGGAGGUGAAGGAGGUGGAGGAGGCGGAGGAUGGAACGAAAUCUGAGGAGCGAAACGAAUCUCAGGGGGAGCGCGCGGAGGGAGGUGACUACGCCGGCGACAGCGGAGGGGACGGCGGAGGCGAUGGAUCGACACACAGCGCAGCCAGCCACGAUGCCAUCGUCAUCCCGCGCGAUGAGGUGAAAGCCGCCCCGUCGGACGAUGAGUCCGUGAAGGAAGAGGAGGAGGACAAGGGGAGGUUGGAGAUCGAGGAGGAGAAAGAGGUGGAGGAGGUGGAGGAGGUGGAGGACCACGAUGCCAAGAAGAACGAUGAGAGCUCAUUGAGCGAUGAUAAGAGCUCAGGUGGGUGA